ACUGAAUUUUUGUCAUCACCAACAAUUUUUCGACUCUCGGUUUCUUUAGUUUCAAAGUGCGUCGCAUAUCAGUGACCACGACUACCACUGUACAUUUACGGAUUGACGACCUCUAUGUUUUUGUUUUUGUUUUCAUUUCUCGCUCGGUUAUGAAGGAUCCAAGAACUCAGUGAUACCCAUUUGGUUGCUUUGUGGGUGGUUCGGGGAAUUAAAAAAAUCUCUUCAGCGUACAUCUUUGGUUCAGGCGGGAUUUUGAAGAAGCCUUCGGAUUUGAUUGGGCACCCAGGGUUUCUUUCUUAGCUGAUUUUCGAACAUCUCAGAACUUCAUCCUUUCAAAAGGAAGAGGUUACAUUGUCCCGGAAACAUCUCGAAGACAUCAACGAGGCAUCUGGAAGGAUUGUCUACUGGUAGACGGCCCAGUUCUCCUGUUGUCACAUCAAUAUCACUUCCGCACAUUUCCAACCUUCACACGCAUCAAUUCCAGGUGAUAGCUCCGAGGUCGAGGCUCGUCAUCCAACUGCACAAGCUUGCCUAGUGCAACGACUGCACAGAUACGGUCUGAUAUCACGGCGCCGUCAUGGACUACUUGUUUCCCUACCCCAAGAUGGGAGUCUCCUUUCUGGAGAUACUGCACGACCGAUUGACCCGCAAACUCCUCGGGUUCGGCGCGAUUCAUGCUGAAAAGACACCUUUCAUGUCAGGCGUCACUUCUAGGCUCAAGUUCCUUCUCAACGAUCCGACCACUCACAUCUCGUUCAUGAAGCUUGGGUAUACUGUCCUCGAAGCAUUUCUCCAAGCCAAUGUCACGGGUCCUCCGCUGGACUUUAACGUGGAAGCCGUCAUCUUCACCGAGUCCUACCGAGACGAAAACCUGACAAGUCUACGGGAAGAGCUCUCUCAGGAUCUCGCCGUGGACGGCAACCGACCGUAUCCCCUGACACCACACAUCGAACUUUUCUGGCUGGCCAAGGUGAUCCUGUCGAAUCCGAUCCUCGCCGAGGCAGGUUUCAACGGCCGAAGAGCUCGCACGAGGGUCAAUUUCUGGCACCAGAAACUCCUGUCGGAAGAGUCUCCUACUCUCCGAGACGAAAUCUACGCAGACACGGACGUUCUCGAGCAACAACUCGCCGCCAGACUUGCGAGUCAAGCGGCGUCCAGUGAAGAGCAUUUUGUUCAGUUCCUGAUCGAGCGGGCAGUAGCACGGACGUACUAUGGAGAUGACGCUCUAGCCAGAAAGGACCUCGCAAGAGCAGCCACGAUACGAAGCUUUCAAUUCGCGCUCACCGGCGCCAUGGGAAAGAGGACCAAGUUUCAACAGCGAGAAACGAGUCAGCUUAUCGUCCUGGCCAAGAGCAGAGAUGUCGAACCACCAGAGGAGAACGGUAUCAGGCGACCAGAAGGAGAAAAGAGAAGCUCUGUGGACCAGGGUCUGUCAAAAUCCCAAAGCGUGAAAUCACAGUCAUCGGACGACAAAGCUUCGACGAUGACUGCUUCAGCUGUAUCUCUCCCCCAUCAAGGAUCAUUACCUGAUGUCUCUUCCUCCACCGUUACCAAACCCGCGGAUGUUCCCCUGAACGACGACACCCUGCUCGAGAACAUCUCCUUUGGUCCGUCACAACCAAUAUCACCAGAGACAAUGACCCACGCCACUACUGACGAAUCCUCCCUACCUCCAGCCCUAGCUUCUCUGGACCCAUCCAAACCGACCCCCCUCCACCCACUCGACAGCAUAAUCCUGCUUGCCACGGCAAGUUCCAUCACCAACACUUCUCCCAAAGACGGUCUCGUCCGUGAAGAGACGCUCCCUUACGCCACGCGCGUCUUGGACGGCGGCUCCUCGAAUUGGCAGGUUUAUACGCAGGCCCUCCUCGUCCGCAGUAGGAUCGAAGGGUACCGUGCCCGCACGACCGAGAGAGGUCUGCUGCAAUUACAAGCCCUCGUCGACCAGAUCAUUGCCGAAACUACCGCAUCCGCGCCUCCUGGGACCACGAACGGCUCUACAGGAACUCCCACGGACACAACCGAGCCUACGACCAGUGCGACGACAUUCUUCCCCAAACCUGCUUCGUCCGAGGCUGCCUCUGUUGCCGAGCGUCUCCAGUACAUCUAUCAACUCUCUCCUCCCUUGCGAUGGGAACUCGAAGCCGAGUUGGCUGCCCGGUGGACACACAUGGGCGGCCUGAAGACCGCACUGGAAAUCUACAGACGUCUCCAGAUGCACGCCGAGGUGGCUCUUUGUCUCGCGGCGACGAAUCGUGAAGGCGAAGCGAUUGAGUUGUUGAAGGACUUGCUGUUCGAAAAGCCCGAGGCUGACGUACCCGAAGAGGACAAGAAGGCCAUGAUGCUUCGCUCCCACACGCCCUCGGACGCUCCGAGACUCCUUUGUAUUUUGGGAGACAUCACAUCCCACCCAGACUACUACAAGCUGUCGUGGACGGUGUCGGGGAACAGAUACGCUCGGGCUCAACGAUCUCUCGCGAGGUUUCUCGUCAAAAGGGGAGACUAUGAAAGCGCCAAAGAGGCAUAUACUUUGGCUCUGGGACUCAACCGACUGGAUCGUGCAAGUUGGUUCAGUUUAGGGUGUGUCCAACUCGAGUUGCACGAUUACGAGGGGGCAAUCGAGAGCUUCACACGAUGCGUCCAGCUAGAAGAUGAUGAUGCGGAGAGCUGGUCGAAUCUAGGAUUGGCGUUGUUGAAACUUCCCGUCGAACAACGACAGAAGCAGCAGCAGACUGACGUAACUGAGACGCGAGAAGUUGCCGAUGAUGAGGAAGAAGAAGAAGAAGGACACGCCCAGACAGACGGCGGCGAUAACAACAACAAUGCCACCACCAACAAAGUCGACCCGUACAUACACGUCCGCGAAGCACUGCUGGCUCUUCGCCGGGCCGCGACACUCAAACGAGACGACCCCAAGAUCUGGGACAAUUACCUGACGGUGGCGGCCAAGAUCCCACCCAGCGCGGGGACGCCUUGGGCCGAAAUCAUUCAAGCCAUGGGUCGUGUUGUCGAUCUGAGAAGUAAAAAGGAAGGUGAAAGCGCCAUAGACUCCAAGAUUUUGAGGGUUUUGACAGAAUUUGUCACCAAAACUUUUACUCAUCCUUCUCAAGUAUCAACCACGGUUACCACACAUACAGACGAUAAUGACGAAAACAGUUCCGUGACCCCGGGGAAUGUUUUUGACUCAAAGGAGGAUGAAUCUGAACCUGGACCUGGACCCCAAGGCGAGGAGGAGGACAAGAACACGAAAUUACCAUACCUAGCCCGUUCCUUUUUGGGUUUGGUCGACACACACGUCGCGCCAUUGGUCACCUCUUCUCCCGUCUUGUACGAGGUUUUGUGUGAUGUUUCUGGCUGGAGAGGUCGACCUGCUCAAGCUUUGGGUUAUGCCGAAAAGUCGUGGAGAACAUUCCUGACUAGUGUGUCGCUUGACGAACAAUUCGACGACGUCUCCGAACCUGCUUGGAAUGCGGUGGUUGACAAGACGGUUUGGUUGGUCGGAAAAUACAAAACUUUGGGACCCCUCGAGCGAGAAAGGACGGGAGGACAAGUCGAGCCCAAGUGGAAAUUCAAGGCUCGGAGUGCGGUAAGGAAGGUCCUAGGAAGAGCAAAGGCUCGAGAAGGUAGUCCGGGUUGGGAUAGGUUGAGUGAGGUUUCCGUGCUGGAAUAGACCGCUCCGAGUUGAGUCGAGUGAGGUGACUCCAGGUACAAGAGUGAUGACUUGGCAGGAGUACAGGAGAACUUGGACCUGGAAACUUUUCGACGAUAUCCAUUCAUUCAUUCUCGAAUCAUGUACUACAAAAUCAAUCAAAUCAAUUAAUUAAUUAA